AUGGCCUUGGAGUCAGAGGGCAACAGAGGCUCGUCAAGAAACGCUCAUGAAAAAUAUCCCCGGGCUGCGUUCGAGCGCAACGGCUACGUGAAGACAUGUGUCACCCCGCUCAAGCGGGACGCACGGAGCCAGUCGUGGCUGCGAGUCGCUGUGACAUGGACUUGCAGGAGAGUGUCGUCUGCGGUCUUUGUCGCCUCCUUCUCCGUUAUUCUCGCUCUGCUGCUCAGAUUGGUCGAUUGGGAUGCAGGCAGCGGCAGCGGCAGCAGCGGAAAUAGCAGCAGCUCGGGUUCUUCUCUUCAUUUUACGGCGAGCUGCGCUGUGGAGCUGCUGCUGACUGCGUGUUAUUUCGUCUCCCCACUUUUAACUCUCGUAUGUGCCUUCUUCUGGGUCGGACUCUAUCUGAUUCGCUGCGGGCUCCUUAUCCGCACAGCGUUUUUUCUCCUCGCGGUGUGCCACUUGGGCGAAGCCGUAGCGCAGUCACUUCUGCGCGGCGCCGAGGAGCAGCUGCUCUCUCUCCGCGCAACCCUGGUCGUCCUCGGCUGCCUGGGCAGCGGGGCUCUGCUGGUCGUCCGUCUGGGCCAGGGAGUGUCGAUCCUCGUCUUCAUUGGCGUCAUCAGGGCCGUCUCCCUUGUCUCUCUGAGCAGGGUCCGGGCCAACUGGAGACCCUACCUGGCCUACCUGCUGGGGCUGCUGGGGGUUUUGCUUGCAAGGUAUGUUGACCGGCUCCUGCCGGCCUCAGGGACCAGCGGGACGGGGUGCUGUGGGUCUGUGACCGGGGCGAGGGAGGAGGACAUCCCUGUCUUCAAAAGGAGACGGAGGUCCAGCUCCACAGCGGCCUCGGAAAUGAUGGCUCAUGUUCAGAACAACAGCAAGUCCCACCGCAGGACUUCGCUGCCCUGCAUUCCGCGGGACCAGUCCUCUGGCACCAGCGUGGUCGUGGACAUAGCCGUGAUGGGGGAGGCCCAUGGUCUGAUCUCAGACCUGCUGGCCGACCCCUCGCUGCCGCCCAACACCUGCAGCUCCCUGAAAGCUGUCAGCAAUCUCCUCAGCACCCAAAUCAGCCUGCAGCCCCUGCACCGACCUCGCAUGCCUGCCGACACGCAGACCUGCUCCGACUCUGAGGAGGGGCCGGAGAAGGUGGAGAGACUGGCCAUUCCAAAGCGUCUAAGGCGGAGUCUCCCCCCAGGCCUACUGAGGAGAAUCUCAUCCACAUGGACAACAACCACCUCAGCCACAGGGCUGCCCACCAUCGAGCCAGGCCCGGUCCUGCGUGACCGUUCAGCCAGCAUCAAACACAUCACAGACAGUGAAUCAUGGAACAACUCGAUAAUGAUGACCAUCUCUAAGAGCCGCUCCAUGUCCGCCUCCUGUGCAGCCUCCGUCACGUCCAACCACCUCUGUAGCAAACCACUGGGACGACCAGGUUUCCCCCCCUUGCAUGUAUCCUCUCUAGGUUCUCCGUGCCCAUCUCCUCCAGUCCAGGGUUCUCCGGUCUCCAGUCCUACAGUAAAAACUUGUUCAGUGCAGCUUCCUGAGGUGGCCAGGCCACUGACAGAACGGGCCCCUGGUUCUGUGGCCCCCAAGAGCCAUCACAGAGCCUUAACUCACAGCCAGAGUGCUCCGAGCUCCACCACCACACACUGGCAGCCUCCAUCACUCUGUGGCAGCUGCGGGAGGCCCUUCAACAACCGCUUGAAGCGUGGUGUUGAAUCUGUUGACAAAGGAGACAGAAUACUUCACCCAGACGAGCGAGCUGUAGCAUCAUCAGACUAUGAAAGCACCUAUGACAGCACCUACGAGACCAACCACAGUGACAGCAGCGACUUUGCACAGAAUGACGAGGAGGGAGACGGAGGCAAGAAGGCGUCUGACGUCAGGGAAAGUUGCAGGGACUGUCCAGUAGAGGGCCAUGCUCCACUGCCAUCACCAGAGGACAACCCAAAUGUAGAUCUGGACACACUGGUGAUGUCAGAUCUGGAGCCUCUGAUGAGUCAGGCCAGUAACUGGAACUUUCCCAUCUUCAGCCUAGCAGAGAAGACUCAUGGAAAGACAGGCUGCAUCCUCAGUCAGGUUUCUCAUAAGCUCUUCGAAGACACGGGUCUGUUUGAAACCUUCAGGAUUCCCAUGCAAGAGUUCAUGAACUAUUUCCAUGCUUUAGAGAAUGGCUACAGAGACAUCCCUUAUCACAACCGGAUCCAUGCGGCUGAUGUGCUGCAUGCAGUUUGGUAUCUCACCACUCAGCCAGUGCCAGGCUUGUCAACCCUGCUGACAGAGAAUGGAAUUCACACUGACACGGAGAACGGCAUCAGACCUGGAGCCACAGGCUUCCUGGUCUCCAAGAUGAGUUUUGUGAAGGAGGAAGGAUACGGAUCCCUGUCGGGCCUCAUUCCAGCUCUGGAGCUAAUGGCUCUGUAUGUAGCUGCUGCCAUGCACGACUACGACCAUCCCGGAAGAACCAAUGCCUUUCUAGUAGCUACCAGUGCACCACAGGCUUUGUUGUACAACGACCGCUCAGUCUUGGAAAACCAUCACGCCGCUGCAGCUUGGAACCUCUUCAUGUCACGACCCGAGUACAACUUCCUCACUAACCUUGAGCACGUGGAGUUCAAGCGUUUCCGCUUCCUCGUCAUUGAAGCCAUCCUGGCCACUGACCUCAAAAAGCACUUUGACUUCCUGACGGAGUUCAAUGCAAAGGUGGGUGACGAUGGAGUGAACGGCGUCGAUUGGACCAAUGAGAACGACCGAUUGUUGGUGUGUCAGAUGUGCAUUAAAUUAGCAGACGUCAAUGGACCGUUGAAGUGUAAGGAACUACACCUGCAGUGGACAGAGGGCAUCGUCAACGAGUUCUAUGAACAAGGAGAUGAAGAAGCCAGCCUGGGACUUCCCAUCAGCCCCUUCAUGGACCGCUCUGCACCUCAGCUCGCCAAACUGCAGGAGUCAUUCAUCACUCACAUCGUGGGGCCGCUGUGCUCCUCCUACGACUCUGCUGCUCUGAUGCCAGGACGCUGGGUCGAUCCGCCCGGCACCGUGACAGAGCCAGAGGAGACACAGGAAGAACAGGACACGGAGGAGGAAGACACAGUGGAGGAAGAUUCAUCCACAGGAUCUGACAGCUCUCAGCAACAGGAAAUUAAAAUGGUGAAAAGGAGGAAAGUAUUUUGCCAGAUCAUGCAGCAUCUUUUGGAAAACCACGAGAUGUGGAAGAAAGUUAUCGCCGAGGAGGAAAAGGAGGAAGAAGGGGAGAAGGAGGAGGCGGCCAGGAAAGAGGAGCCAAACUGCAUCAGCAACCCAACUGUUCCGAUCACAGCCAUCCAUGAGGAGGAGGAGGAGCAGACGAGCAGAGAGGAAGAGGACACCGCCGACGUCCUGGACGACAGGGACGAGGUGCUGGCUUUAGUGGAAGAAGAGGAGGGAAGCCUUCCACAAUCAGAGACUUCAGGGGGAAAAGAGGAGGAGCCAGAGUGACAUCAUAGACUGUGAUCUCCUCCUUAAACAGGAGUGUGAUAUUUGUCCAAAUAUGUUUUGGGUUUUUUUUUCUCUCAUAUAACUAAACUCUUGAUAUGGUAGCCAGCACAUCACUUUGACACAACACUGUAGAAAUAUUGUUAUGGGUAAUAUGUGCCUAACAAAAACAGGGUCUGAGAGCAGGGACGACGAUGAUGAUGAUGAUGAUAAUAAUGAAAAUGAUGCAUACUGGCCCAGUGCAUCGGACAAAAGAGACAUGUUUUAAGCAAAAGAUGAAGAGGCUGAAAAAAAAAUAAGCUGAGAGAAAAGAGGAAGAUUAAGACUGUAACUGAUUUUGUUGUGGUGUUUGCUUCAGUCUGGAUUUGGUGCUCUGCUCCGGACCAGGCUGCCCAUCCUGCACUUUGAGCCAACUACGCUGGUCCACUCAUUCACUCCACUAGUAAGUAACAUAAUAAUGCCACCCCCUUGCCCCUCACCCUGCCACCCUUCUCGCUGGAGCCAUGUCUACUGCCAUCUUCACGGCAUCUCCAACAAGCUCUGUCUCUUUAAGGACAACGGGCUGGAAGGCAGGGAGAAAUGCUUCAGAUGUCUACAGCAAAAAAAAAAAAAAAAAAAAAAGAAAAAAAAAUAGCCAGCUGCAGUACAGUGUGUAUACAGACACACACCCACGCGAACAGGCACACACACACAUACUGUACACAAUGCUGCACUAAAGACACAUUCCCUCCACAGAGCCCAUAGGAAGUUCAACAAAGAACCCUACUGCUAUGAAAGCUUUAUUCCUGCUCAAGGAAAAAACAUUCAAAACAAUGUUUUGUUGGCUUCAAACAAUGCCGUUUCGUAGGUGCAUGUUUUCUCCCCGUCCUUUGUUACUAGAGUGAGGUAGACCAUAGUUUCAAGGGUACACAACUCAGGAAGAAGGGAGCCCACAAAGGAAGAAACAAAACAAAACAAAUAUGCUCCGUGUGUUCGUCUCAUGUACUUUUAUUCGGCAUCACAAUACUUUGAUUCCAUCUGUACAGCGGCACCUGCAUUUAAACCGACUGACAUUCACCGCGUUCAAUCAUCUACCUGCUUUAUUAUUUAUCUAGAACAUAUGUGUCAAACUCAAAGCCCGGGGACCAGAUUUGGCCCGCCAAGCUGUUAAAAAGCAUUUAGUAAAGUCCAUGCAGCAGAGUUUCCAAACCUAUGUGAUUAGAAGUUUUUAUAAUCAAAUAAUACUCAAUUGCAGACUGAUCAGCCAGUACCACCCGUUACAACAGACGGGUAGCAAGGUGCUAAGCAUCAAAGGAUCAUUAAAAUUUCAAAAUAACACAUCUUUUAGACACUGAUUCUGUUAGUAUCAGAGUUUGAAUUACCUAUUAUUUCAAAAUUAGAUUAUCUUUUGCCAGAUUAUCUUUAACUAAAGAAAGUAAAUGCAUAUGGCUGGACUUAAGAAGAAAAUUAGUAAAAAUUAAGUACAUUUUUUUUCAUCGUGUCCCACUGCGGCCCAGUACCAAAUAAACUAUGGACUGGUACUGGUCCGCGGACCGGGGGUUGGCGACCCCUGAUUUAUACAGUCUUCCAUUUACAACCGGCCCUUCAAGGGGAACUGUAUUGCUGAUGUGGCCCCCGGUGAAAAUGGGUUUGACACUCCUGAUCUAGAAUAUAUAACAGUUUUGAAAUCAACUCUAAAGCCGCAAACCUUGAGGGAGGGUAUAGUUUUUUGGUUGUUUUUUUUGCUUAAUCAUUACAACACUGUAUUUACACGUGGCAGACGUUGUGUAUUAUUUCAUAUCAAGGCUAAAUGGGCAGAAAAUGUCAACUUUUUUGUAAGUAGUUUAGUUACGACACUAUCAGAGUGACACGAUCUGCCUACAGCCAAAGUGCUACAAACUGCCUCUGUGGUCCUGCUACAGUCGUUUUCUCCUGGACUGUAAUUUGCCAUCAUCACAAACACAUACAGUCCUAACACGAUGAAAAAAAAACAGUUCCAAGUACUGUGUAUUACUAUCUAGGAGGUGCUGUGUGCAAGAAAAAUACAAUCGUAUUUGAUUAAUCGAUUAACAUUUGCUUUACGUUAUAUACAUACUUCAUCUAA